UGGGGAGGCAAAACAUUUUAUUGUUAGGGCCCCAUGUUUCCUGAUGGCGGCCCUGACUUUGCGAAAGUAACUUAUAACUUGUAAGAGACAAGCCGACAUAACGAGUAAGCACAGGAGAACAUCAAAUCACUGAUAUGAAGCAGCAGUAUUCUUGAUCCCAGCGGUGGGAAAUGAGAGGGGCGGCACUUGGAAAAGGUCGAGCCGAGGAGACUAAGAUGGGUUGGAAGGGAAGGAACCAUCUCUGACUGAAGAGGUCAGUAGGAGGGGAGCAGGAAGCCGGGCACUCGGAAAGGGCGGGGAAAUGGAAGGCGGUUAGGAAACCAAGGAAACGGCCCCACGCUCAGCCUGCAGAGUAGGCAUAGGGAAGCAGAUGGCACAGUACGAUUGUUGUUGCGGGAAGCUGAUUACUACGAAAGCUGCAUGCUUACUCCCGUGAGUCCGCCAGCACCUAAAAGAAUUUGUGUAUUCUUGAAAGAUGAUUGACUCAGUCCGUAUACGCCAUCAGGGUUCCAUGGAUUUCCUUUCACACUAUGAAUAUCUGUGUGCACUUCAGGAUUCUGUUCCAAUUCCAGCUGUAAAAGCAAACAUCCGACAUGGCAGUCUUAGCUUCAAUGCAGAUCGGAUAAAACUCUCUGACUGGCUGCCUAUUCUAAAUUCUCUGAAAAUAAAUAAGAGUUUGCUAAAUGUGUCAAUAAAAAGUUGUCACCAGCCUGGACUUGGGGAAUUUGGUGCUGAGAAGUAUGGAAUAUAUUUCAAAAGGCGCAUCCCCCCCAUCCGAUCAAAGGACAUGACUUUUCAAGUAUGCAAAGCAAUUACAAGCUGCUUGAGUGUAUCAGGCUCUUUAAAAGAGUUAGAGCUCCAUGGACUGCCUCUACGAGAGAGAGAUUUAAGAAUUUUAGCAAAGGGUUUGGCUGCAUCCUCAUCUGUGGAAAGCCUGUCUUUGGCAUAUUGCUCCUGUGGAGAUGAAGGACUGGAAAUUAUUUGUCAAAGUGUAAAGAAUUCACCUACAAUCAAGACAGUAAAUUUCACAGGGUGCAAUCUGACAUGGCGAGGAGCAGAACACAUAGCAAGUAUCAUCAAGCAUCAGGCUACCAGAAGGCACAGUGAAGCCUGGGCUGAAAGCCUGAGAUACAGAAGGCCUGAUCUUGACUGCAUGGCUGGUUUAAGGCGUGUCACUCUUAACAGCAAUACCCUUGUGGGUGACCGUGGAGCCAUUGCCUUGGCAGAAGUGAUAGGCGAGGACCUCUGGUUAAAAGCACUAGAUUUGCGCCAGUGUGGUAUUUCCAAUGAAGGUGCACAAGCAUUUCUUAACGCAUUUCAAACAAAUACAACACUGAUAAUACUGGACAUCAGAAGAAACCCGCUAAUAGACCGUUCCUUACUGAAGACCAUUAUUGAGAGAGUGUUAAUGAAUGCACAUGAUACCAAUUCAGAGUACAAAUGGUACACAUCUCCGUCUUCUAAGGACAAUGGGAAAGUAAGGCAAAAAUGGAGAUCUAUAAACAACUGGAAUGGACGGAAAGGAAAAAAUAUUGUCCGUGUUGGGUUUUCAACUAAAAAGCCAAUGGUCAUUGGAAGAAAGUAUUCCUCAAAAGAAUUGUACUGUCCCGAUCCAAGGCCUCCAGGAGCUGAGGGAUUUCUGCCUUGGCGUACAGCAGAAAGAGCAAAAAGACACAGGGACGUUUCAGGAGAAUGGGCCUCUCCAGGAAAGGCAGAUACUGCAGUGAAAGUGAUUAUGGAUAGUGAAACCUCUUCAGAAAGUGAAAAAUCUGACAAUAUUUUGAGUAUCCUUGAUCAAGAAUAUGCCGUGCCUGGAUCUGGUGAAAAAACGAGUGUAAAAAAUUACAAAUGUCUCCAGCUGGAGUUUGAAAACACUCGACUAAGGCAAAUAAAUCAUACUCUUUCUGAGUCUCUUCACUCGAGGACAGCUACCUCUGUGAUCUUGGAGGAUGAAGGUGUCCUUGACAGCAUUGAAAAGUCCUUCAGCAAGUUCCAUGCGUUUCUGGAUCUUCUAAAAGAUGCAGGCCUGGGGCAGCUUGCUAACCUUGCAGGCAUUGACCAGUCAGACUUUGCUCUGCCAGGGGAUCCUCAGAUGUCUUCUACUAUUGAUAAAAUAGCCCAGCAGGCACCAAUGCCACAUCAAGAUCAGCAAGAAACAUUCUUUAUCCAUCAGGCACAAAGCAGAGAUAAGAAAGGUGAGCAUACAGGCCCAUCAGAAUCCAAUGCUUUGACUGCUGAUACACUCCCUUCUUCCCGAGAGGCAGAUAAAUAUUGUACCACCAGCCAGAAGAGCAAAGAAGGUUUUGAUCCUGAUCUAAAGGCCAGAGAGGCAAACGUGAACAGUGGGAGGCUUCCUGCUCUGGAGAAUGCACAAACUUACUUGUAUGAUAAAAAAGGAUCUAGAAAUGAAUGUUCUGACUCAGAUUCCAGCAGGAGCCAAAGAAGUAGCUUAGGUCAGAAGUCCAAAGCAUCGGCAAGUGAAAAGGAGAGAAAGCCAUCUUCAAAAAGAAGCCAUUCCUCUGGGACAAACAAAGCUAGUCAAGAGUCCAUAGCAGCUAGGGAUGAAAAGGCUGCGGCCCGUUCUAACGCCAGUAUAUCAGAAUCUGAAAUACAGGAGAAAAUGAAUUCUUCUGAAAGCAUGCACAGUGGCUCACAUUAAAUAAGUUUCUAUUAGAAGGAAUAGGCAUAUUUUUAUUAUUUCAGGUUUUUGCAUUUUAUUAGAAUGAGAAAAAUAAAAUAUUCUAGACAGGGUAUACGGUGAUAUGUGUGCUCAUUUACUAACAUUGGGCACAUUGGCACCUGGGCAGUAACCCAUAGCAAACAGCCAGGGAUUUUUUUGUUCAGUUAAUCAGCUUUUACAAUUCAGAAAGUGUAAUUGCGUUAUGGAUGGGGCACAUAGUGUAUAUCUGCUUCUUUCAGCCUCUUUCAGCGUUUUUCCAUCAGACUCAAAGAAGUGGAUGCACUUUCCUAUGUUGCUCUGUGUGCCUGCACUGAAAACUACAGUGUCCACCUGUAAAACGCAAAAGCAGACGUUUUUAGGCAGACUCUGCUCCGCUGUGUGAGGCGUUGUAGAGUGUAGUUUUCAGUACAAGCACACAGAGCAGCGUAGUAAAGUGGAUCUGCUUCCCAUUGCCAUAUCAAUUAGGAUACAAACAACCAGAAUGCAGUUGAAAUUUCAAGCCUGAGAGUUGCAGAACAUCAUUGCGCUGCAGCAUGGGCCAAAAAUAAAAAGGACCAUCUCUAGACAAGCUCUACAACUUUUUUUUACAUAAAUUAAGUGAUAUAAUCCCCUUUAUGUGAAAUAGGCAGUUUUUAGCCCUCCGUUGCUUGUGAAAAUAGGAGUCCUUUUAUCCUGUCUCCUAUCCCAGAUGUUGGUUGCUGUAGUUUCCCAACAAGUUUAGUGUCAAAUGUUGCCUGACCCUGUCCUAAUCAGGCUAGUUUCUGCAAGGCUUUUACUUCAUAUAUACCUGUAAUAAAGGAGGUUGCUGACCCCUUGCCAACUCCACAGAUGUAAGUGCAGAAGUACUAGUGAUGCAUUAAGUAUGAAAGCACUACAGUAAAGCCUUGAGUGGAUUGAAUCAUUUGCACACACAUGACCUGGACUAAAGCCCAUCCAUACCUUGUAACAGCAGUGCAAUAUCGGCAAUGAACUGAACAAAAAUAACUCUCCAGUUUUCACUUAUAUCGUGUAACAAGUGCAAAUUGUAAGAUUUUGCAUGACAUUGAUAAAAUUGAGGGAGCCAUAGGAGUUGGAGUUACUGAUGUCCCAAGUAACGUAAGCAAUUACGUUACUUAUGCAAAGCACAAAUCCAUGAAGUCCAACCUUUUGUCCCAGAAAAACACAAGUUAAUUUUUAGUGCUAGUUAAUUUUGUGUAGUUUGUACAAGGGGCAUAGCCAAAAAUGUUGGUUCUACACACUUGGGGGGGGUUUUGAGUGAGGCCCUGGAUAAAAUACUUCACUGGUUAAUAGUUUAUUGAAGGUGUGGAUCUCCUGUAAGGCUUUCCUAGUCAUCAAAUGGAUUUAGUAGUAAAAGGCACAUUUUUUUUGCCCAGGUACAGUAAACAAUAGUAACCAAUUACAAGUUUGCAUUUAUCCAAGUGAGCAGUCAAUGCUUUUAGCUGCAAGUUGUAACGGCUACGAAAAAGUCGCGACAAUUCACGAAAAAGUCGCGAUGGCGACGAAAAAAAUCACCAAAAAUACAAAAAAAGUCGCAAAAUGUUUGUUUCCAAUCCGAUUUUUUUCCUAUUCAAGAUUCGAAUUCGUGGAUUAGUAAAUCAGCCCCUAUGAGUAUUUAGCCAAACCAGCCCUGCAGUUUUGAUAAGUCACACUGAAUUGUAGAAAUUAGGGGUUAUUUAUUUAUUUUUUAAUGCUAUGGAUUCAGGAUUUAGACACAUGUUACAAUUCAGAUGGCUAUGAGGCACAGACACUUUAUAUUCAUAUUUGCAUUUCAUUGGUAUAAAUGACAUUUUCUAUAGUAGUUGCUUUGGUGAAGCAUUAUCCUUGAAUUGUAAAGCCAGUGGUGCACACGGGUUUACAUUGCCACAUUUAUCCCUGACAGGGCCGCAGCAGUGUGAAAUGCCUGGGUGCUUUUAGCAUCAUUGCAGUGUGUUGUGGACCAUUAGGGCUUGUUGUUUGUCCUAACUUUGUAUUAAUCUUUUUCAACACUGUGAAAAUCUGUUUUUAUAGAAUGAAUUUUACCUGAUUUUUUAGAAAAAAUUGGAUCUGUUUGGGUUUAAAGUGGACCUGUCACCCAGACAUAAAAAGCUGUAUAAUAAAAGCCCUUUUCAAAUUAAACAAGAAACCCAAAAUCAUUUUUUUAUUACCACAUCCAUACCUAUUAUAAAAGCAUUUAAAAAUCCCAGCUGUCAGUUAUAUAUUGCCUGCCCCGCCUCUAUGCCCUUAGGCAUAGAGGUGUGGCAGACAGUUACUUUCACUUUCAAUUCAGAACUUCUUAGAUGUUGCUGCACCCCUCACGUUCCCCCUCCCUCCUCACUAUGUAAUUUUGUAACCAGUGCAUGGACAUGGGCAUUAGGUCCCUCCAUACUGGCACAGAAACAAGAUAUUGGCAGAAUGCAAUGCCUGCUUUGAUAACAGUGUCCACAAAAUGGCCCCUGCCUGCAUGCUGCAAUUGUGAAUUCCAAGGCUGAAGAAACUAAGAUUAAAAUAAUUUAUAUAGUGUAAGUAAAGUUUAUUUUGCUUGAAAACCACAAUAGAAAACAAUUUGGAAUUAUUUCUUAAGGUGACAGGUCCGCUUUAAAGAGUUUUUACUAGUCGAGAUUUAAGAAGGACAGAAGACUGAACAAAUUUGUUUUUUUGGUUUCAUUUAUGAACUUUGUACAAUUUUGAACUCUUUGUAUAUUUUUUAUAUUAAGAAUAUUUAAAUAAAAAGUUACAUUUU